UAUAAGUAAUGUCUGUUUUUCACUGCGUACAGAAUCCCAGGCCUCCUAGUUUGCGAGAAAGCGCAGGCAUGAAGAGCAAACCCACAAACAACCGGGGUUUGCACCGGCCUACAACUUUGUACACGUUUCUUUUCAGAUGUCUUCCGCAUUCGACAGGUUUGCAUCCUUGUGCUCUUGUUUUCGAUGCGGUGAAGCACAAAGAGGAUGAGGAAAGAUUUUGACCUUCAAUAACUUUUUCAAAAUUUAAGAUCCAACAUUCAAAAUGAAGACAAUCGGGUGGUUUGGGUUAGUGCUGGGUGCACUCUCUGCUGCAGGCGACGUGAUCCUCACAAAACCAGGGCAGAGUGCCACCUUCAAGUGUGGGCUCGACACAAACAAUCGAGGCCUGGUGUGGAAUUAUGGAAAUGACCAGGUUAUUAGUGUUGAUGGGAGGUCAGGCGUCACUCACAGGGGUACUAAAUUUAAUAAAAGGUCAGUGUUAAGGGGUACCAGUCUGGUGGUCUCUGGAGUGACGGAAGAAGAUGUUGGAAAAUAUUUUUGCAUGGCAGAUGGGAGAAGUAAAGAACACACACUUCUUGUGGUCUCAGUCUCAGUCAGUCCUUCUAGUGAGCUCCAGCUGGGCACCGAUGCUACGCUCCAGUGUUGGGUUAAAGGUCUGAACCCCCCGGACUCUCCAGUGCAGUGGAACAGGCCAGAUGGAAGAUCAGAGUCAGAGACUGUUCAACUCAAAUCUGUAGCCCGCUCUGAUGCAGGGAACUGGGAGUGUACGUUCUCCCAUGACGGGAAGAAAUACAGUGAGAGCCUAGAAAUCAAAGUUCAAGGAGCUGUUCCUGUAACAGCUGCACCAUCCCCUUCACCAAGCUCAAAGGCCGUCAGCAUUGCUCAACCAGGCAUUGCUCAACCUCCAGCCACUGAUGCUGUGCUGCUGGGGCUCAGCUGGUGGGUGUGGGUUGCAAUUGGAGUAGGCGGCCUGGUCAUGGUUCUCCUGAUGGUCUUUGUCAUUGUCUUGUACAAGAGGAUCAAAAGAAGGAAGAGAAAAUUUCUAAAUAAGAAGAAUGGCCGACAGCCACUAAAACCCAAGACAUACUGCCAGUGUGACCGCCCAGCAGCUGCAGCAAAACCGCAGCAAGGACGCAGGAAAGCGAAGCCAUCAGCCCUCCCUUUGCAACCCCUGCUAAUGGCGUGAGAUGAAAGACUGAUCCAAGAAAGGAAAAAUAGACAGAAAAAAAAGAAGAGAGAGGAAGGGAAAGAGGAAUAGAUCAAGAUAAAGAGCGAGUUAAAGAGAACCCCAGUGUGAAUAUGGAAUGAAUGUAAAUGGGCUUUUGAAUGCUUGAGAUGAAAUUUCCACCAAAUAUAACCAGUGUACUGAAUGCAAAUAGGCUCCUCCACUGCAAGAGAAAACAGCAACAGUCUGUACUUUUUUGACAUUUAUGCAGCAUAUUAACAUGUUAAGAAUAUCCUUGAAUACUGUAUUGUCAACCUCUAAUGUGCUUUCCAUUGUACAUUUCAUCCAGCUGAUUUUGAUGUUUUCUUUCUUGUGUUUCUGUGUAUUUGACAGAUGUCUAUGUAGACGUUGUCUUUAUUUCUGUAGGCUGUGCAUAAAAAGACGAUAGUACUGUAUUGAAGUUUUGUCUUUUUUUCCCGAUAAACUAUAAGGAUACCCAA